AUGUCUAGUCCGUCCAAAAAGAGGAAGCUAAAUACCGGCGGAAAGCAACAUGGACCAUCGACAAGAGGUUUAGAGUUCUUUUUUGCGAAGCAAAGACAGAGCAGCGUAGCCACUUCCUCAGCAGAUGCCGCUGACGUGCCUGACUUGGCAUCUACGGAACUAACAGAUGAAGAAUUGGCCCGUAAGCUUCAAGAUGAAUGGAAUAAAGAAGUAGCAGAUGAGAGUAAAAAUGAAACCGAGAAUACUCGAAGCACUUCACCGGCUUCGAAUCUGGCAAUCGAUGAACUUUCGCCGGCUGCCCAACCUGAGUUAGAGCCUCGUGUGGCAAAGGAGGCCGAAUUGCCUGCUUCAAAGGGGAAUACUCUUACGUUGCAAUCUACAGGAAUGGCCGAGGAUGCUAUUACUACCAACAUCCCUCUUGAUGAGCCCCCUUUAAUAUUUCAGCCAUCAAAGUAUCUCGACUUGUUGAGGGAGCACUGGGCAGCUGAAGGUGGAAACGCCUCCUAUUCUUUGCUCACCAGAUGUUUCGUCCUCGUCAGCAGCACGGCGAGCCGCAUUAAAAUAGUUGAUACACUUGUCAAUUGCCUUCGACUGCUAAUUGAAGGAGACCCUUCAAGUCUCCUGCCAGCCGUAUGGUUGGCGACGAAUUCUAUAUCGCCAGCAUAUAUAUCCCUGGAACUGGGACUGGGGGGUUCUGCAAUAUCUAAAGCUCUAAAGCAAGUGUGCGGCUUGGACAAUAGAUCACUCAAGGCAAUCUAUGACAAAUACGGUGAUGCCGGCGAUGUAGCCUUUGAGGCUAAAAAGAAGCAGAGCUUCACACUGAGAAAGCCAAAGCCACUUACGAUCAAAUGCGUUUAUCAGGACCUUGUUAAGAUUGCUAGCUCUCAAGGACAGGGCAGCGCACAGGCGAAACAGCGCAUUGUGGAUAGACUAUUGCAAGAUGCGAGGGGUGGAGAGGAGAGUCGCUUCAUUGUCCGGACGCUCUGCCAGCAUCUAAGAAUUGGCGCCGUGAAAACCACCAUGCUCAUUGCUCUGUCAAGAGCCUUUCUGCUAUCUCGGCCUCCUGGUGCAGACUACUCUCCUCUGUCUAUCCCUGAACUUUACAAGCUGAAGAAAGAAGAGCUGGCCGAGAUUUGGGGGAAAGCCGAGGAAACUGUCAAAGCCUGCUUUGCACGACGGCCCAACUACAACGAUUUGAUCCCAGUUCUUCUGGAAAUUGGAAUAUCAGACGAGUUGUUGAUUAGAUGCGGACUAGCUCUGCACAUUCCGCUUCGACCCAUGCUGGGCAGCAUUACCAGAGACUUGUCAGAAAUGUUGACGAAACUUCAAGGAAGAGAUUUUGCCUGUGAAUACAAGUACGAUGGCCAAAGGGCCCAGGUGCAUUGCGACGAUGGAGGAAAGGUGUCAAUCUUUUCACGACACCUAGAACUUAUGACGGACAAAUAUCCCGAUCUUGUAGAAUUGGUUCCUAGGAUCCGUGGAGAGGGUGUCAGUAGCUUUAUCAUGGAGGGCGAAGUGGUCGCAGUGGAUCGAGAAACUGGCGAGCUCAAGAACUUUCAGACCUUGACCAACCGGGCGAGAAAGGAUGUGGAAAUCGGCAGCAUCAAGAUUGAUGUUUGUCUGUUUGCCUUUGAUUUGAUGUUCCUGAACGGGCAGCCGUUGCUGGACCGUCCAUUUAGGGAACGACGGGAGUUGCUUCGAUCGCUGUUCACCGAGGUGCCGCACAAUUUCACCUGGGUGAAAAGCCUCGAUGCGACGUCCAGUGACUCCGAAACGGUGCUCGAAUUCUUCAAGUCGGCCACGGAGAGCAAAUGCGAAGGAGUCAUGGUCAAAAUUCUUGACAACCUGGUUGAUAUUCCAUACUUGGGCGACCAAGAGGGGCCGGCUGCUGAGGAAACAGAGAAGCUUUCGACACCAAAGUCAAAAUCCAAAGCAAAAAAGAAAGGAAAUGGCGCAACAGCAGCGGGGGAGGGAGACAAGAAGAAGACGGGCUCUCGACGAAAGCCCCUCCUCGCGACAUACGAACCCGACAAGCGGCUCGACUCAUGGCUCAAAGUGAAGAAAGACUACAAUUCCAGCUUUGAUACCCUGGACUUGAUCCCGAUUGCAGGAUGGCACGGACAGGGUCGAAAGGCAAAGUGGUGGUCGCCAGUUCUUCUCGCCGUUCGCAACGAAGAGACUGGCAUGUUGGAAGCAGUGUGCAAAUGCAUGUCUGGCUUUACCGACACAUUCUACAAGGCCAUGAAGCAGUUCUACGACAACGGCGAAGAGAGUGGAGAGCGCAAGAAUACACGGUCGCAGAUGCCGAGCUUCAUCGAGUAUUCUGGCCCCAUGCCUGACGUCUGGUUUGAGCCUCAGGAGGUGUGGGAAAUGGCCUUUGCAGAUGUUACCCUGAGUCCGACUUACACGGCGGCCAUCGGCCUUGUCAGUGAUGAACGAGGUUUAAGUUUGAGAUUUCCGCGGUUCCUCAAGAAACGGGACGACAAGAGCCUGGAAGAAGCAAGCACGAAUGAGUUCCUGGCCGGGCUGUGGAGGAAACAGGAGGCAAAGGCGGUCCCGCGAGAGGCACCAGACGGGAGAGGAGAUGGAGAGCUAGAGCAGAUGGAGGAUGAAUGA